UAUAUAUAGCUUCUCUUCAAUAAAAGAAUUCCACGGUUCUUAUAUAUACGAGAAGAUAAGCCGGCCUCUUUGUGCCGCCCCCACAGCCAUGGCGAGGAACACACUUUUGUGCGCCUUUUUUUUGCUCUUGGCUUUGAUGGGAGUCUCCGUUGGAGCUUCAAGGAAGACGGUGGGGAUAUAUGAGCUCAAGAGAGGAGACUUCUCCGUGAAGGUCACCAACUGGGGUGCAACUAUCAUCUCAGUCAUUCUACCCGAUUCCAAAGGAAAAUUGAAUGAUGUUGUUCUUGGCUAUGACAAGAUCGGUUCUUACGUUAAUGAAACAACUUAUUUUGGAGCUUUGGUCGGGCGAGUUGCUAAUAGGAUUGCAGAUGCACGAUUCUCUAUAAAUGGAACCGUCUACAAGCUAUUCCCCAAUGAUGGGAAUAACACUCUUCAUGGUGGACAUAGAGGAUUCAAUCAGGUCAUUUGGACAGUUAGAGAAAGAGUAGAUGGUGAAUUCCCUUACAUCACGUUCUACUAUCACAGCUUUGAUGGAGAACAAGGCUUUCCUGGUGAUCUUGAUGUAUUUGUGACCUACAAAAUCGACUACGACUACGUGCUCAGCGUAUCGAUGCGUGCAGUGCCGAGAAACAAGCCGACGCCGGUGAAUUUGGCCCAACACUCGUACUGGAAUCUUGGAGGUCAUGACAGUGGCACAAUCCUGAAGCAUUCUGUUCAAAUCUUUGCCUCCCACAUCACCCCAGUGGACAAGAAUCUCAUUCCAACUGGUGAAAUUGAACCAGUUGCAGGGACUCCAUAUGACUUCAGAGAGCCCAUGACAGUUGCUAGCCGGAUCGAUCACGUCCCGGGAGGGUAUGACAUAAACUAUGUAUUGGAUGCACCUACAGACGUGCAGGGGGUGAGGAAGGUGGCAAUUGUGGAGGACUGCGAGUCAGGAAGGGUGCUUGAGCUGUGGACCAACCAGCCUGGGGUGCAGUUCUACACUGGAAAUUUCUUAAAGGAUGAGAAGGGGAAGGGUGGCCAUUACUACAAGCAGCAUGAUGGACUAUGCUUGGAGACUCAGAACUUCCCUGAUGCAGUAAAUCACCCUCAGUUCCCUCGUGAGAUUUAUAGCCCUGGGGAGGUUUAUAAGCACUAUAUGUUGUAUAAAUUUUCGGUCAAAUAGAAGUGAGGUUGAGGGGAAGGUAAGCUAUAUUUUGCUUGCUUUUUCAAAGUUAUCUAAUAAGGUUUUGGUGUUGAGUUUCAUGGAUGGUUCUGUGUGAAAUCAGGAGUGUGGUUUUUAAUUUGUUUCAGCUGCGAACUACCAUUUCCUUAGGCCCCUGCUUUUAGGGAAGCAAGUUAACAAACAUAUGGUGAUUGUGGAUUGUUUUGGUUC